CGAUCUCUUACGUCUUUCAGCACCUCUCUCAAUUCUCAGCCCACCACCCUCUUUGGCUCUCCGCGCAAACCGACGCUCCCAAUCUCGGUCCACAAGCCCGGCCCAAUCCCUACCGAUACCACGUAGCGGAGCAAUUCCUCCUCCCGCCUGCGAACCGCACAUCCCUUCGAACACGCCUCGUCCCUCCUCCGAAUGGUCCGCGUUUGAGAGAGAGCAGUCCCGCGAAACAUCCCGCUGCCGCCGACCGGCUUCAUCCUCGUCCAGGCCGACAUGAGCGCAGAGCAGAGCAAGAACCAUGCGGCCAGCUCCCACCUCGUUCUUGCGCCCUCAUCGACUCGAUAAUGUCUGUCGCCAAUGCGUUCGGAAAGCCUUUGGCGCUACCGUCCCGCGGGGCAACAGCAGGAGUAGUAUCAGCUCUCUGCCAUUGAUCACGAGCCGGUCCGCCUCGACGACGGCCGCAAAGGCAGCACCCGCAGUGCGUCUCAGCGCGAGCUACUUCAUCUCCAACAGCGUCCUCGACCGCUCCAAUGCCCGGCCCAGACCCCUCGGCAGCCGGAGCUCCUCAGCUUCCGUAGCGCCCUCAUCUUCGUCUUCCUCGUCCUCCUCCACCGCGCGCUCCGAGUCGACGACACCAAUCGACGUGAACCAAGACCUGCCGCACCGUCGCCGCCAAGCUGCAAGACGCAAAGCUGCCGCCGAGGCCGCUGCCGCAGCAGCCUCCUCCUCGCCCGACGUCCUCCCUUCUCAGGAUGCCUCCUCCGCCCUCACCAGCGUCGCCGCCCAACAACCCGCGCACUCGGCCCGCCGCAUCUUCUCCACCCUCCUCUCCCUCUCGAAGCCUCGGCUCUCCGCCCUCGUCGUCCUGACCGCGAUGGCGCCCUACGCCCUAUACCCCGUCACCGACUUCCUCUCCCCGGCCAUCACCGAGUCGCCCUCCCUGAGCCCGCUGACGCUCCUCUUCCUCACCACCGGUACCGCCCUGUGCUCCGCCUCGGCAAACUCUCUCAACAUGCUCUACGAGCCCAAGACGGACGCAAAGAUGUCGCGCACGCGGAACCGCCCCCUCGUCAGGAACCUCAUUUCCACGCGCGCCGCCGUCCUCUUCGCCGUUACCACCGCCGUCACGGGCGUGGGCGCCCUAUACUUUGGCGUCAACCCGACCGUCGCUUUCCUCGGCGGGGCCAACAUUGUCAUCUACGCGGGCAUGUACACGCCCAUGAAGGCCUUCAGCGUCGCAAACACCUGGCUCGGCGCCGUCGUCGGCGGCAUCCCCCCGCUCAUGGGCUGGGCCGCCGCCGCUGGCGAGACGGCCUCGGGCGACGGGUCCUGGCGGGAACUUCUUUUCGCCAGCGACGGCAGCUCCAUCGGCGGCUGGCUCAUGGGGAGCUUGCUCUUCGCGUGGCAGUUCCCGCACUUUAUGGCGCUGUCGUGGGGUAUCCGGGAGGAAUACAAAGCCGCCGGGUUGCGGAUGCUGGCUUGGACGAACCCGGCGCGCAACGCGCGCGUCGCGCUGCGGUACAGCAUCGCCUUCAUCCCCAUCUGCGUCGGGCUCUGCGCGGCGGGCGUGACGGAGUGGAGUUUUGCCGUGACGAGCUUGCCCGUCAACGCGUGGCUUACGCGCGAGGCGGUGCGGUUCUGGAAGUUUGAGGGACACAAGGGGUCUGCGAGGGGUCUGUUCUGGGCGAGCGUGUGGCAUUUGCCCGUCGUCAUGGUGCUGGCGCUGCUGCAGAAGAAGGGCAUGUGGGGCCGGGUGUGGAACAGCGUCGUUGGCGUGGACGAUGAUGAUGAGUGGGAGGAUGACGAUGAGCUGGAUGAGAUGCCGGUCACGUUGCCUCCGCCGCGGGGAUAGAGUGAUGCCGGCGGUGUGUUGUUGUAGUAGAAAACUCGGGAUAUUGUAUGAUAGUGUUGCUCGUUUGCCUCGUGGGUGGGAGGGGAACCAUCAAUACCCAUAGUGGUGCUCCGGUCUUAGAUUUCUGGGUUCAAAGAUAUAAAGACCUCGCUCUGUAAACUCAAAAUUUUGCUCACGUACGGAAAGACCAAACAGCGCAG